CUCAUCUCCGGGCUCACAAAUUCUUCACGUCCACUUUGUGGAGCACUUCACCUUUUCCCCUUUAAGAAACGGAGACCAGAGGGAUCAGACAGAUGUAGAAUACACGUGGUUUGACAGAGAGUCUGAAGACUCCGGACUUCCUUUCUCAUUUGACAUUUUUGUGGCUUUCUGAUUCAACCCAUUGAAAGUCGAUGGGAAACAUCUAUAUUCCUGUACUUUAAUACAGCAACUUCUUGUUUUACUGAUAAAAAAAAAAAAAAAGCUGGAAGAGAAAGGUCUGCUACAAUCUGCCUUGUGGAUGGAGUUUUUGACCGAUAGGAUGCCUGUGCUGAAACUUUAAAUUUACUUUGCUGUACGGUACCUGCCGAACAUUUUGUUAACGUUACUCCUGCUGACCUGAAGCUUCAACAAGUAAAUGCAUUAGAAGAAACAUAGAAUAUACAGAUUUAAUUGGCAUUUUUGCGUGAAGUUUACACUUUUGCCACAAUGAAAGACGAUUUCGCUGAGGAGGAAGAGGUGCAGUCCUUUGGAUACAAGAGAUUUGGAAUUCAGGAGGGCGCCCAGUGCACCAAAUGCAAAAACAACUGGGCACUGAAAGGCGCAAUUGUGCUUCUGUAUGUCCUUUGUGCCCUAUUAACCAUCACUGUAGCCAUUCUGGGAUAUAAAGUGGUGCACAAAAUGGACACUGUGACAGAAGGCAUGGAAUUUUCACACAAGUCUUACGCAGAGAAACUCAUGGCUGUGGAGAGUGACUUGAAGAAGCUGGACGACCAGACAGGGGAAAAAUCAGAGAACACCAAUAAUGAGUUGUCAGGGUUCAAAUCCAAGAUUCAGGCCCUACAGCAGCAGCUCAGGGAUAUUGCUGACAAGUCCACAAAGAACAAAAACGUUCUGGAUAAACUGCAAGAUGCUGGGCAAUCCCUGCAGUCCAGUCACAGCUCCUUACAGGGCCUGCUGGACAGCAACUCCAAUAUGAUUAAAAAUGUAAAUCGCACUUUGCUCACCUAUAGCGGCUACAUUACCAGUCUGCAGGAAGAUACCAACCGGAUGCAGACAGGUCUACAGAACCAGGUUCAGACUCAGAGCACAUCGGUGGUGAACAUUAACAGCCUGAACCUGACCCAGGCACAGCAGAGGACUCUCAUCAGUGCGCUGCAGAAGUCUGUGGACGACACCAGCCAGGCCAUCCAGAAGAUCAAGAAUGACUUUCAGAGCCUCCAGCAGACUGUGGUCCAAGCAAGAAAGGACACUGACUGGAUGAAGGAGAAGGUGCAGACUCUUCAGGCACUGUCUUCCAACAAUUCUGCCUUGGCCAAAUCCAACAAUGACACUUUGAAUGACAUGACCACUCAGCUGAACACCCUAAAUGGGCAGAUGUACAAUAUGUCGGCUAUGGCAGACACCCAUGACCAGAGUCUGCGGGAGCUUAUGGAUCACCAGAGGGACCAUGACAACAGGACAGCGGAUAAGUUUGACCAGUUCGAACAGCGUAUGGACCUCGCGGAGAGAGGCAUUGACAACAUCAUCGACAACAUCAGCUACACCGCCCAGCACCUCAGGGUGCUCACCACCAGCCUAAAUGACGUCAGGACUUCUUGUAGUAUGACUCUGAGCAAUCACACGGACAACCUCCUGAAUCUCAACAACACUCUGGUGGAUAUUCGUGUGGACACCACAGCCCUUAGGAUGCAGCAGGACGUCUUGACAUCCAGGCUGGACCUCGAGGUGGCCAACCUCUCCAUGGUCAUGAAUGAAAUGAAGCUUAUUGACACCAAGCACUCGCAGCUGAUUAGAAACUUCACCAUUCUUCAAGGCCCACCAGGUCCAAGGGGCCCAAGAGGUGACAAAGGGCCUCAGGGACCUGUUGGACAGACAGGAUUGAAAGGAGACAGAGGGGAUAAGGGAGAGCCGGGAGAGCCCGGGAACAGGGGAGAUAAGGGGUCUUCUGGACCACCAGGACCCCCAGGAAAUAUUGGUUUGACGGGCACCCGAGGAAGCCCCGGUUCUAAGGGCUCCAGGGGCUCGUCUGGGAGACCGGGCUUGCCAGGGCAGAAGGGAGAACCAGGACUACCAGGAAUCUUGGGGGAUACUGGGUUGCCUGGCCCUCCGGGACCACAGGGGCCUCAGGGGGUGCGAGGGGAGAUGGGAACACCAGGGCCAGCUGGACCCAGAGGGCUUAUAGGACCCCCUGGACCAACUGGGCCCCCAGGUCCUCCAGCAUUCUUAGAAAGUUCAGCAAGACCAGAGGCUAUACACACUGAAGUCUCUACACCAUCAAUGAAACCUAAUGGUUGUCCUCCACAGUGGAUCAGCUUUAGGAACAAGUGCUACUACUUCUCAACUGAAAGGGAUAUUUUUGAUGAAGCCAAAAAACUUUGUGAAGAGAAGUCAUCAACUAUGGUUAUUGUCAGUGACAAAGAGGAACAGCUUUGGUUAAGAAAUCAAAUUGCUGGCAAUGGUCAUUUCUGGUUGGGUCUAACAGACAAAGAGGAGGAGAAUGUGUGGAAAUGGGUGGAUGGAACCUUGCCUGCAUUCACGAACUGGAAAGAGGGUCAGCCUGAUAACUGGCAGCAUGGCCAUGGGCCUGGAGAAGAUUGUGCUGGGAUCAUCCACGCAGGCCUCUGGAAUGACUUCUACUGUGAUGAUAUGAACAGGGUCAUUUGUGAAAAAGAAAAUGACAUAGAUAAAAUGCCAGGAUCAUAGCACACAUGAAGAGGAUGCAUGGGAUCUUCUCAGACAGAUCAGAAAAGCUACACAAACAUCUUAGUUGUGGAUUCUCAGAAGAAGCUUUUUGAGAAUAAAAACAAUACAUAACCAUCUUCCGAUCUGGAAUCUCAGAUCAACGCACAGUUCAUUCCAGACUCCAGUAUUGAAAUAUAUAUGAUCUGUAAGCACAGAUAAAAAAUUAAGAGGAAUAUAUUUUAGUUAUUAAAAAAAAGACAAUCAUAUUAAAAGCAUUUUUUUCUUUUUUACUAAAAUGCCUUGUGUUAUGCAGAUAUUUACAAGUCAAUGUAGUUCAGUACAUACUUAUGCCAGAACAUAUAUUUUCUUAUUAAAAUUUUGUAUUACACUUCAUAUGACUUUUCCUGUGCCAAAGAACAUGACAAAACACUAUUUUUUUUUGUUUGUUUGUUUAAUGUUAUUAUUCUAUAAGCUGUUUUUCUUCUUUGAGAAUUGUGAAUGAAUUUGCAACCAAUGGCAAAAAAGAUGUUGUGUUAUUCUUGGGGAAAGACAUGUUGAGCCUCAAGAAUCGUCCUGGAUUUAUUUAGCUGUAUUAUAAACAUAAAAAGAGAGUCAGUACUAUUAGGGUCUCGUUGAUUUGAAAUAAAAUAGUGUGAUAGGUUUUAUCAUUUUUCCAAAAGAGUUCUGAUUUUCUUUUUUUUUAUAUUAUGUUUUAAUUGUGAAAUCCAAUAGAAUUUCAUGAGAUGAGUUAAAUACUCACUCAUGGUUCAUAUUCAAUUUUCCUUUUUUAGUGUUAGUCUCAGGUAAAUUUGUAUUCCCUAUAUUUGAUACUGUAUUAGGGAUUCAUGAUAGCAGUCCUGGUAAAUUAUCCAUUUACUGUGGUCGUAAAAAUGCCUAUAAUACCAUGCAUUAACAAACAAACUAAUAAAUCAGGUGCACUAUAAACCCA